UGUGGUAAGUAGUGUGGUCAGUGGUGUGGUCAGUAGUGUGAUCAGUGGUGUGGUAAGUAGUGUGGUCAGUGGUGUGGUCAGUGGUGUUGUCAGUAGUAUGGUCAGUAGUGGGGCCAGUAGUGUGGUCAGUAGUGUGGUCAGUAGUGUGGUCAGUAGUAUAGUCAGUAGUGUGGUCAGUAGUGUAGUCGGUAGUGUGGUCAGUGGUGUGGUCACUAGUGUGGUCAGUAGUGUGGUCAGUAGUGUAGUCGGUAGUGUGGUCAGUAAUGUAGUCAGAAGUGUGGUCAGUGGUGUGGUCAGUAGUGUGGUCAGUAAUGUAGUCAGUAGUGUGGUCAGUAGUGUGGUCAGUGGUGUGGUCAGUGGUGUAGUCAGUAGUGUAGUCUGUAGUGUGGUCAGUGGUGUGGUCAGUAGUGUGGUCAGUGGUGUGGUCAGUAGUGUGGUCAGUAGUGUGGUCGGUAGUGUAGUCAGUAGUGUAGUCAGUAGUGUAGUCAGUAGUGUAGUCGGUAGUGUGGUCAGUAGUGUAGUCAGUAGUGUAGUCAGUAGUGUAGUCAGUAGUGUGGUCAGUAGUGUAGUCAGUAGUGUAGUCGGUAGUGUGGUCGGUAGUGUGGUCGGUAGUGUAGUCAGUAGUGUAGUCAGUAGUGUAGUCGGUAGUGUGGUCAGUGGUGUGGUCUAUAAAAUAUAUGAGUGUAGCAUUAUUUGCCCGAUGCUCCCCUGGAAGUUUUCUACUUAUUUUAUGAUCAUUUCUGGAGCAGACGUCACUCACUUGCUGGUGACUUACUCUCUUUUUCUUAGCGUUCACCGACUAUAA